UUUGUGAAAGGUUGUGUAAACUUUUAGUUUAAAGUUACGAAAAAUGAAGGUUAAAGUCCUCUCAAGGAAUCCAGCAGACUACAUUAGAGAAAGGAGGACCGAUAUUCAUAAGAUCCAUCGCAACUUUGACCCUUCGUUGCAUCCCUUCGAAGCACCGCGCGAAUAUACACGGGCACUGAAUGCUAUCAAACUCGAACGGGUGUUCGCCAAACCGUUUGUCGGUUCGUUAGGUGGACACACAGACGGUGUGAAUUGCAUUUCUAGACAUCCAAGGAAUCUAUCUGUGUUGCUGUCUGGGUCUUGUGAUGGAGAGAUUCGCUUGUGGAGUUUGCCGCGACGAGAGUGCCUGAAGACGUUAACAGCACACACUGGUUUUGUGCGUGGCUUGUGUACCUCUCCUUCUGGAGACACUUUUUUCUCAGUAGGGGAUGACAAAGUUAUAAAACAGUGGAGCAUGGAACAAAGUUUUGAUAUCAGCUUAGAGAGUUCACAGACUCCACUCAACACCAUCAUUGGCAAGAAUCUCUACCAUGGUAUUGAUCACAACUGGAAUAGCGAUGACUUUGCGACAUGUGGAGAGCAAGUUGACAUUUGGAAUGAGAACAGGGCUGAUCCUAUUCGGAGCUUCAAUUGGGGCGUGGACACCAUUCAUAGCAUUAAGUUCAACCCCAUUGAGACCCACCUUCUCGCUAGCACCGCCUCCGAUCGUAGUAUCAUCCUUUACGACAUGCGGGGUUCCGCUCCACUGCGUAAGGUUGUCAUGGAAAUGAGAAGCAACACAGUGGCCUGGAACCCACUCGAAGCGUUUGUCUUCACCGCAGCCAAUGAGGAUUCAAAUCUGUACACGUACGACAUACGCCGGUUCAAAGAGCCAAUUAACGUGCACAUGGAUCACGUGUCUGCCGUCCUCGACGUAGAUUACUCGCCCACAGGACAAGAGUUUGUGAGCGGCAGUUAUGAUAAGACAAUAAGGAUUUUUGAGCGGGAUUCUGGACGAAGCAGGGAGGUGUACCAUACCAGCCGAAUGCAGCGGGUAUCGUGUGUGAGGUUCAGCGGGGAUUCCACUUAUGUUCUUUCUGGAAGUGACGAGACAAAUAUCAGAAUAUGGAAAGCCAAUUCUUCUCAGAAGUUGGGAGCGCUUGCACCUCGAGAAAAAGCAGCUUUCAAUUACAAUGCAAAGUUAAAGGAGAGGUUUAAACAUCAUCCUCAGCUGAAGAGAAUUAAAAGACAUCGCCAUGUUCCCAAAGCGGUAUUUAAGGCAGCCAAGGAGAAGAAGAUCAUGAUGGCUUCUGUAAAGAGGAAGGAGGAGAACAGACGUCUUCAUAGUAAGCCAGGAAGCGUGCCUCGUGUGGCGGAAAGAAAGAAACAUGCUGUUGCCGUUGUUGAAUGAGAAAGGUGCGCCUAUUACUAAUCACAAGCACGAUACUAUGCAUGUGACUGGAUAUACUCGGUGGAUCCUUGGCCAUGCGAUUGCAACUGAGUACGUUGAAGUACAUCAUCGUAAUCACUUAUGAUCUGUGACAUGCAACUGAAAUUUCGCUUUAUAGAUAAAAAUUGAAAAGUUUUCUGGCUUUCUGUUUUGCGAGAAUUUUCGGAGUUAUAAGCGACGAUUGUCGUAACAAAAUCGCGGACGAAGAUUUGCCGACUGGUGAAGGAGGAACAUUGGAUGUUACGCCAGCAUAUACUGUUUAUUUUGCAUGAGAAUUUGCAGAGUUAUGAGCGAUGAUUGUCGAAAAAACUUGUGGGCGAAAAUUUGCCGAUAUGUGACAGAAGAGCAUCAUAAAUUACUUCCGCGUAUGUUGUUUUAAGAAUUUACUGAGAGAUUGUUUAAUUCUGGGAUCAGUUUAAGGCGCCUUUUCUCGAGAACUUGCGCAACGACAAACAAUCAGGUCCAGAGAGUCACUCCAAUAAAUAUGUUCUAAAAGUUUAACAUUUGAGAAUCUUAAUCUUAAGUUUAUCUGACUUAUUUUGCGAACUAAGUGCCAUUUCAUGAAAAUAAACAUUACUAUCUAUUUGUAAGGCAUUGUAGCGCAUAUUGCGGGCUAAAAAUGAAGAUUUUGGCGGACUAAAUUGUACUUUAGCACGCUCGCACACACGCGUGACUGUGCAGACUGUUUUGUUGUCGUCUUUUCGAUUUCUAGUUUUUCAAUGACCUCCAAAGUGCUAAUAGGGUUUAUGUUCUCAGGCAUAAAACUGUUUUAGGCCCUUCUCAAAGUCAUUUUAACCUUCGCCUGCCGGCUCGGGUUAAGAUAACUCUAAGUUGGGCCCAAAACAUAUUUAUGCUUGCGAACAUUAACUCUGCUGUCUUAUUUAUAUCUACCAAAAAGAAGAAGCUUUAGCUAACGCUGAAAUGUGUUUAAGAAUAGAUUGAAGUAUUUUUGUUCGCUUGUAAUAUUGAAAUAUCAUUUCGUAAUGAUAAUGAUAUCAUUAGAAUAAAAAAUCGUGAUCAUUA